AUGGCCGCUUCUGCCGCUGUGGACGCGUCUAUACCGUCCUUCUCCGCCCCCGUUCUCGCCCAUCUCAAGCGCAUCUACGAGUCUCUGUCGGGCACAACUCCCAAACCAGACUUUCUCAAGGAUGUUCAGAACCAGGUUACUAUUGCUGACUCAGAUCCCCUCGCGUCCCUCACGGCCUUUCUCACUUAUAUGGAGAGCCCUGCAGCGAGGGCGAACCAGCCAGCUGAGCUACAGGACCUGUCUGCGCCAAUCUCGAAUUACUUCAUCUCUUCCAGUCACAACACCUACCUGACUGGCAAUCAGCUGUACAGUGAGGCUAGUGCAGAUGCGUAUACAAAUGUUCUCCUUCGUGGCUGCAGAUGUCUGGAAAUCGACGUCUGGGAUGGCGUCGCAGCAGACAACUCAAGCACGCACAGCAACAGUGGCACUAGCAGCAGUAGCAGCAGUAGCAGCAGCAGCAGUGAAGAUGAGGGCGAGAUCGCAGAUAGCGACGAACGCAAUCAGAAGGAACGGACCGAAGUCAGCGACGACCACUCGCGCAUCACGUCUCUCUCACGGGGUUUCAGUAAACUGAUGAGACGUUCGCCAUCGAGUCGAUCUCGAAAGGCAUCGAAAGAAGCGGAGGGAUCUGUCGCAGCUGCCACCGCUACUGAAGCAGUCCUUCACCGUCCUGAGCCUCGAGUUUUGCACGGGCACACCCUCACCAAAGAAGUCCCUUUCCGGGACGUCUGCCAUGCCAUCCGGGACAGCGCAUUUGUCGCCAGUGAUUUACCGGUAAUUGUCAGUCUGGAAGUGCACGCCAGUCUCGAGCAGCAGCAGAUCAUGGUAGAAAUUAUGCGCGAAGUGUGGAAGGGCUUGCUGGUUGAUAUCACCCCGGACCUCGACCCAGCCAACUGCGCGCUCCCCCGCCUCGAGGACGUGAGACGAAAGAUCCUGAUCAAAGUGAAGUGGGCGCCUCCGUCGAACGGUGCCGAAGGUAAUAAUAGUGAGAAUAAUACACAUGAAACCCCGGAACAGGGAAAGAGUCUGGAAAACGGCCCAGAUGCCAAAGACGACGCACUGGUCAAAACAGCAUCGCAGACGAAGAAGGAAAAGGCAGGUAAGAUCCUGCAGGCUCUCGGCGAGCUUGCUGUAUACACGAGGGCAUAUCAUUUCAGCCAUUUUACUCAGCCAGAGGCAACGAUACCUACUCAUGUCUUUUCCCUGUCGGAGGCCGCUGCGAGGGAAGCCCAUGAGACUCAGCGCGAAGCGUUGUUGAAUCACAAUCGCCGGUAUCUGAUGCGCGUGUAUCCAUCCGGGUUGCGCGUCACCUCGUCGAAUCUCGACCCGUCAUUUUUCUGGCAACAGGGAGCCCAGAUGGUAGCACUGAACUGGCAGAGCUGCGACAAGGGCAUGAUGCUGAACGAUGCCAUGUUCGCCGACGGACCGGGUUGGGUGCUGAAGCCGGAGGGAUAUCGGGGCAGCGCCGACUGCUCUGCCGACGAUGCGUCAAAACCGGUCGUCCAGACCGUCGAUCUCUCCAUCGAGAUAUUCGCUGGCCAGCAGCUGCCGCUUCCGCUUGGAGAGUCCGGGACGGAAAAGGAGAAGAAGGCCUUCCAUCCGUACGUCAAGUGCCAGCUGCAUCUCGCCAAGGUGGAGGAAUCGACAACAGACCGAAAUACGAAUGCGGAUGCGGUGAGCAAGAAUGCGAAGAUGAAGCUGCGGACCAAGACGUGCAGCGGUAUCGAUCCUGAUUUUGGGGGUGAGAAGCUGAGCUUUUCGCCUGCGACGAAUAUUGUGCAAGAAUUAUCAUUCGUGAGGUUGGUGACUGGAUCUGUUUUUUUUUCCUGGUUUCUUUUUUUUUUAACCUACCAUUUCUCUUCUCUUCCCGAGUCAUCUGCCGUGAAUGAUUUCCGUCCCGCUUGGCGGGUGGUGAGUUGGCGGCUAGAAGCUUUACGCUAUCGGCCACCGUUCCAUUUCUCGACGGACGGAGUCGAAGAAAUAGCGCCAGGCAAUCCACCGGUCUGGAGCAGGCCCGGAACGGACCUUCUAUCUUGGUAUUCUAUCUCCGUCCGAUAG